CAGGCAGACAGCUGCGCAAGGAGCAACCAGGGGGGUGUGGAGGGGGAGUGGGGGUCUGCCGAUGCCCUCCUGCCGAGUGAGGGUGUGUGUCCGAGGGUGCGCCGGGUGGGCUCGGCGUGUGCACCCGAGAGCAGGGAGGGGAGCGCGGGGGACGGCUUGAUGGACGUGAGGCGGAGAUGCUGGGAGGCCAGAGCCACUUGCUGCAACUCCCGCCAGCCGGUUUGCCCCGCGGAGAUGGGCUGGCUCCUGCCUCCGGGAGGCGAGUGAACCCAGACUCGACCCGCUGGCGUCCAGUAGGAUCCUGAGCCCUGGGACCCUCGUUUGGCCACGCGGGAACAGAAGACCCGGGCGCCACGUUCCCGGAUUCCACGAGUGGAGUGACUGAAUUACAACUGCAGAAGCAACACCAAGUGAACCUUUGAAGAUGUACACGGGCUGCAUAAAGUGAAGAGACAAACUGGAGAAACUGAUGAAGUAAGAAAAAAGUAUGUUUCCCAGGUUCAAUACUGAAAACCUGCUUUCUGCAAACAGUUGGAAAAGCCGCCCUUGGAAACUUUCUUUGGCCCUCAUGGAGCAGCUGGGACGCGGACUGUGAGGCCCUUGAGGGACAAUAUCUCACCGAGUGACCACCCAGAGCGCGUGUUGCCAUGGCCAGCAAGAGGAAGUCCACCACCCCGUGCAUGAUCCCUGUGAAGACCGUGGCGCUGCAGGAGGCCAGUGCAGAGGCCCAGCCCGCCGAGGCUUUGCCCGAAGGGCCCUCGCAGGACCUGCCGCCAGAAGCGCCUGCCACCAGCAGCGAGGCUGCCCAGACCUCCAGCAGCACCGAUGGCGCCACGCUGGCCAAUGGGCAUCGGAGCACUUUGGACGGCUAUUCGUAUUCUUGCAAAUACUGUGAUUUCAGGUCCCAGGACAUAACUGAGUUUGUGGGGCACAUGAACUCCAAGCACACAGACUUCAAUAAAGACCCAGUUUUUGUAUGCACUGAGUGCAGUUUUCUGGCGAAAACCCCCGAGGGGCUUUCUCUGCACAACGCUAAGUGUCACUUGGGGGAAGCCAGCUUUGUGUGGAAUGUGGCCAAGCCAGACAAUCAUGUCAUCGUGGAGCAGAGCGUCCCCGAGAGCACCAGCACUCCUGACCCACUGGGCGAGCCCAGCGCCGAUGGGGCCGACGGACAAGCUGAAAUCAUCAUCACCAAAACUCCAAUCAUGAAGAUAAUGAAAGGCAAAGCUGAAGCCAAAAAAAUUCACACGCUCAAGGAAAACGCCCCCAGUCAGCCCGCUGGUGAGGCCUUACCAAACACGCCAGCUGGGGAAAAGGGUGUGAAAGAGGGGGACCACUCCUUUGUCAAUGGGGCUGUUCCGGUCACCCAGGCAUCCACCAGCUCCUCCAAGCCUCCCCAUACGGCCAACGGGCCCCUGCUGGGGACAGUGCCAGUUCUGCCGGCCGGUAUAGCCCAGUUCCUGUCCCUCCAGCAGCAGCCCCCCGUGCAUGCCCAGCACCACGCCCACCAGCCCCUGCCCACCGCCAAGUCCCUUCCCAAAGUGAUGAUCCCCCUGAGCAGCAUUCCGACGUACAAUGCAGCCAUGGACUCCAACAGCUUUCUGAAGAACUCUUUCCACAAGUUCCCCUACCCGACCAAAGCCGAGCUCUGCUAUUUGACGGUGGUCACCAAGUAUCCGGAGGAACAGCUCAAGAUCUGGUUCACGGCCCAGAGGCUGAAACAAGGGAUCAGCUGGUCCCCCGAAGAGAUCGAGGACGCCCGGAAAAAGAUGUUCAAUACGGUCAUUCAGUCCGUCCCUCAGCCCACAAUCACCGUUCUGAAUACUCCUCUGGUCGCCAGUGCUGGCAACGUCCAGCACCUCAUCCAGGCUGCCCUCCCGGGCCAUGUUGUGGGGCAGCCAGAGGGCACGGCAGGGGGACUCCUGGUUACUCAGCCACUGAUGGCCAACGGGCUGCAGGCCCCAAGCUCGUCUCUCCCUCUGGCCGUUACCUCCGUCCCCAAGCAGCCAGCCGUGGCGCCCAUCAACACCGUGUGUUCAAACACGACGUCGGCGGUGAAGGUGGUCAACGCAGCCCAGUCGCUGCUCACGGCAUGCCCCAGCAUAACUUCCCAGGCCUUCCUCGAUGCCAGCAUCUACAAAAACAAGAAAUCUCACGAGCAGCUGUCAGCUCUGAAAGGUAGCUUCUGUCGGAACCAGUUCCCGGGACAGAGCGAAGUGGAGCAUCUGACCAAAGUGACAGGCCUCAGCACCCGGGAGGUGCGGAAAUGGUUCAGCGACCGGAGAUACCACUGCCGGAACCUGAAGGGCUCCCGGCCGCUGGUGCCCGGAGAGCCCGGCUCCAUCAUCAUGGACUCCAUGCCAGAGGUGCCCUUCUCCCCAGCGCCCAAGACUCCCGAGGUGACCUGCCUCCCAACAGUAGCCACCCUGGCCACCCACCCUUGUGCCAAACGACAGUCCUGGCACCAGACUCCUGACUUUACACCAACCAAAUACAAGGAGCGAGCCCCCGAGCAGCUCAGAGCCCUGGAGAGUAGUUUUGCACAAAACCCCCUCCCUCUCGACGAGGAACUGGACCGUCUGAGGACCGAAACCAAAAUGACCCGAAGAGAGAUCGACAGCUGGUUUUCUGAGAGACGGAAAAAAGUGAAUGCCGAGGAGACCACGAGGGCCGAUGGGAGUGCCUGUCCGGAGGAGGGGGAGGCCGCCGAGGACGAGGGUGGAGCAGAGGAGUCCCCCUGUGACCUGAGAGUCCCUGGGGAGAACGGCUCCCCAGAAGUGCCCGGCAGCCACACCUUGGCCGAACGCAAAGUCAGCCCCAUCAAAAUCAACCUCAAAAACCUGCGGGUCACUGAAGCCAACGGCAAGAGCGAGCUGCCCGGGCUGGUCGCCUGCGAUCCCGAAGAGGACGGGUCGAACAAGCCGGCCGCGCAGCUGCCGGGCAAGGUAAGCUACAAGAAGACGGCGCAGCAGCGGCACGUGCUGCGCCAGCUCUUCGUGCAGACGCAGUGGCCCAGCACCCAGGACUACGACAACAUCAUGGCCCAGACGGGCCUGCCGCGGCCGGAGGUGGUGCGCUGGUUCGGCGACAGCAGGUACGCCCUGAAGAACGGCCAGCUCAAGUGGUACGAAGACUACAAGCGGGGCAACUUCCCGCCAGGGCUGCUGGUCAUCGCUCCUGGCAACCGGGAGCUGCUGCAAGACUAUUACGUGACACGCAAGGUGCUCCACGAGGAGGACCUGCAGAGCCUCUGCGACAAGACCCAGAUGAGCCCCCAGCAGGUCAAGCAGUGGUUUGCUGAGAAAAUGGGUGAGGAGACGCGGGCCGUGGCAGACACAGGCAGCGAGGACCAGGGCACCGGUGACCCUGCAGCCGCUCACAGAGGUCCAGGGGAGACCUGUUCAGAGGUGUCUGAGAACAGUGGGCCGUGGGAGCCCAGUGCCCCUGAGGCCAGCUCAGAGCCCUGUGACACACCAAGCCCCAAGGCCGGACAUCAGCUGGAGACAGACUGAACUUGAACCGAUCACUGUGAAGGACUGGCCAGUCUGGGAUGCCGCCUGCCACGUGGAAGGGCCCAACCCACCUCUGCUGCCACAUCGGUUCCCACGCUGGCCUCUGGGUGCACACAGAGUUUCUGGAAGCCUCACAGACAGACAGCCCAGAUCCUGCCCUGUCGCCUUCGGCCACCACCGAGCAAGAAGGGAGAGCAGAGUUUUCAUCAGUUUUUCCUCCCACAAUGUAGGACCUUUCCUUUGCCUUCCAGUGGAUAAAGUAGUUCGGAUUUCAUAUUCAUAGAUACAGAAUCACGUUUUUAACAUGUAAGUCCGCCUGUACACAUUUAAUGAAACAUUGGAUUGUAAACACUUUUAUUACAUAGAAGCCUUGGUUAGCAAAGCAGUGCAUUAUCUUUUACAUCAUCUCUAAAAAUGCCUUGUGUCUGCUCUCUGGACGUUACCGGGGCCACGGUGCCUCACCUUCCGGGGUCAGGCCGGGUCGUCAGCACGCUCAGACCACACCCGGAGCCCUGGGCCCCCUGGUCUUCCCCGGGGAAGGCAGUGCUUUCGAGGAGCUCUCUGCUCCGUGAAGUGCUGACCAGUAAAAUGUCCUGCCGGGCUCGCCUCGCCCGACGGGACAGUCCGUGCAGAACCCGCUGUUACCGCAUUUGAAGGUGGACUGGUGAUGUGAUUGGCGUUUGAUGCUUGCCCCUCUCGUGUUUCAGGAACUCUGCUUUUUCAUGGAAAUCUGAAUCAUGGACCAUUGCUUUUCAGUUAUCAGAUCAACUAAAGAAACGUUUGCUGUUCGGCCUCAUGUUCUGACCUGUGUGCCCGCAUUUCAAAACAGAAAUCUAGGCUUGUUUAGAGUGAGAGGAGAAUUGAAAACAGAACCAGGGGUGGGGACACAGUGAAAAUGCAGGGCCCCAGCCGGCAGCUUGGGGCGCUGUGGCGGUCGGAGACCUUUACCCUGACUCCCUGCAAGGCCGCCUGCGAUUGGGGGAGGAAGACCCACCCCUGCCCAGUAGCGAGAGUGAGAACUGAUGGGGUUCGAGAGUUUCUGGAAUUAUCGGCACAAAGACCUGCAAGUGGGGGUUCCUGGCAGAACACCCAGAGUACUCCUGGCCCCCACGCCGAGGGCCCGGCUGCUGUGCCGGGCACUCACCCAGGGCUGCUGGGCAUAACUGGACAGGUCUUGGUGAGGAUGCGUAGUUUCAAAGGUCUGUACUUAUAGCUGCAAACUGGGAGACAAGAUGUCCGUCUACCUUAGCCUAACCCUCCUAUCCAUUUUUUUAACUGAGAAAAAUCACAGGAAAAGGUGCCUUUGAAACAUUGGGAAACUUGCUUACAUUACAAAGCUCAACUGGAUGGUAACUGUUUCCCCAGGACUGGCUGCUUUGAGAGCAGCAGGUAAACAGUGGGGCAGGCGAAAAGAGGGGUCUCUGCAGCGCUGCUCACCUGGACACCACGUGCUGCUUCCCAAAGCCCCAAGGCCUUGUGGGCAUGCCCCACCUGGCCCAGACUGGGUGGGCAGCAGCAGGAGACCCCAGAGAGAGGGCAGAAGCUUUAGGCAAGAAACACUGGUGCUGGGUUAGGUGCGGUCCUUCCCCUCACCCCACCCCACCCGGGGAAGUGGACCGUGCACGGCCCUUUACUGGCUUGCCCCCGAGGAUGAGGAUGCUGGCAGCAGCACCUCCCCCUGCCAGGAGAGGGCUUGUUUUGCAAAUCAAAAGCCCUAGACUGGUGUUCUGCAGAAAUGUCUCCUCUGCCCUCUCUGUCCCAAUAGGGACCACCUCUUUUAUAUUUCAAACAGGUGACUUGUGAGUUCUUUGCAAGUUUCGCCCCUGUUUUUGUAUCCUUUCCAUUUGGGGGUGUGAAGCUAUUUAGCCCCAAAGGCCUCUUUGCAGAAUUGCCAAGAAUGGUGAGUUAAUGCCUUCCUUCAGAAAGACACCUGGAAUUUUUCCUUUAGGGUUUAUGUACAAGCAGAUUAAUUUAUAUAUACACAUAUACAGUACAAUACUCAUUUGAUGCUUUGCUCGUGGAAUGGACAUCCGACGCGUGCACUCGAGGGACUCAGUGGCGUGUGGGCGUCGGGGAGAGGAGCCCGUACUGAGGGAAUGCCGGUCGGGACCUUGGGAGCACGGGGUGGCCUGGCACGAAGCCCUCUCCAGUGUCUGAGACGCACCCUGUGGCGUCACCGCGGCACCCCGCACACUCUGGCUGAAGGAGUGUGUCUUUAGAGAUGUUUGUCUUGGUUAUUUGUAUUCACAUUUCAUUUAUAACCCAAACAGCAAGACAGAAAACAUAAAUUACAUGGUGGACACGUUCUUGCAGGACAGAGAGAGUGACCCAACCUUGGCACCAGAUCGGCUUUAGAAGGUGGAAAAGUUGGCAGGUUCUUCUCACACUGUUGGCCCUGCCCACCAGCCGGGGCCGUGCAGCGAGUGACAAGACUGCCCAGGCAAGGGGCCAGCGAGUGGACAGAUCUUCCUCCUCCCUGUGCCCUCGGACUGGAGUGAAUAAGUGGGGUGUGGGCAUCAGGCUUGAGAGAAUAACAUCAAAUGUGACGGUCAGAGAUGGCCGGGCCAUCAAGCUGGUGCUUAAGGGGCCAUUGCAGGUGCCCAGGGCUUUGGUGCGGGUGCAGAACUGGAACACAGCCAGCCGGGUGCAGAGAAACGGCCCCACGAGCCCAGAAAUCGGGACUGCACCCACAGUGUCGCGGGAGCUGGGACGGCAGCAGCCAGCCUCGCGGCCCUGUCACCGUACAGAUCACUGCGGUUCUGCGAGCCACCGAAGGGGUGGGCUCUGCGACGCUGCUGCCGCAGAAGGCGGUGCACAGGCUGCAGAGUUGGGGUGGGGGUGGGGGGCGAGUCUCUCAGGAAACACCAGCCUGUUCUGUGAGGUGACGAAUCUCCCUGCUCCUCAGGGUGCACUUGGACUCGUCAAGACAGCGAAGUAUUUCUGUUUCUUGUUGCCUAUGUCUUCUUAUCCAUGUUUGGUUUAUUUUUCCACACGGGGUUGUAGAUCCAGGUUUAAGAGGGAAACCAGAUCAUCAUUCUGAUACAGGAAAGCUGGGUUUAUGAUACCUGCACUCUGCAUGUUUUGGUUACUUGCUUCAUUGACUCUCGAGGGGCCUUUUGAUGAGGGAGGUCCUGGUCACCGGGAGCUGCGGGCUCCUGGGCCGGACCGCCUCAGUGGGAGGGCCGCCAGCGCUCGGGCCCCCGCGGCACUCGGGCUUCGGCCCCUUUCUUGGCCGGGGACAGCCGCUGUUCGGGUGGACCAAAGCGCCUCCACCCAAGGCCUCCGCACCCUGCUCUUCAACAACAACAAAAGGUGGGAGCUCGGCAGAGUGCUGGGUGGAGGCCGGCGGGCUCCCACCUGUACGAAUGGCCUGGCGCUUGCGGGGGGGCGGGGGGGGGCGGGGGCGUCCCAGCAGGAAGUCUCCGUGUGCUCUCCAGGCUGAGAUGCGGCUCUUGGGGUUUGCUCCUGCGUGGCCAGUGGUCCGAGGACAGGCCGGUGUCACCUUCCUCGGACUCUGGGACGUCAGUGCCAGGCUGCACCCCCCCCCUUGCUGCCCCACGCAGGGUGGGCGUCAGCCUUUCUGGUCAGGUGCUCGUGUUUCUCUGCACAUCCGCCCCCCAGCCCCUGCUUGUGCUGCCCUCUCUGGGCCCCGUCGCCUCGUCUUCCUGUUUUCUUCUUGGACCAAAACGUGGGGACUGGAGCGCUCUGUCCGUUCGAGCACCGCAGCCCAAGUGGAUGAAGGCACUUUGCGGAGAGGAGGACCAGCCAAGAAGAAAAUUUGAAAUAAAACCAAACCUGGAGUUUGGGCUUUUCUUCAAGUUUUUUCUCCUUUCCCUUGCUCAGAGUUUACCUGGGGCAGGUUAUCAGUUUGACUCACCUUGUGGAUGAAAUUUAAAUGGCCACGUAUCCCGUAGAUUUGCAAGGCUCAGUUGUAUGCUGGAGAGGGCAAGACCUCAGACGUGUGACGGUCUGUCUGCACAGCUGGCAGCCUGCCUGGCUCAGGAGGAUAACGGGGCACAGUGCUCCCCACUCCAGAUGGGGGUGCUCCCCCUGUGGGGUCCCCUGGAUCAGCUUCCCUCGAGGCCUUCCCCUAGGAGCACAGGCCUUCCCAGCCUUCCUGGUCAGACCUUGGGGGCCAUCUCCGUGUGGCUUGGGGCGCACCUGCCCUCAGCAAUGCUCCAACAGCUGGGAAAGGGGACGUGGAGCCCACACCGUCUCCCGAGUAGUCCCCCCCUCAAACCUCGCUUCAAUCUGAGGUGCCCGCCGUGCUGGGUUCUCUGGCCCAUUUGUGGUUGCUGAGCGCUGUGACACCAGGGCUGCAGAGGCUGGGGCAGCUUCUCAGCAGAGGGGUGGGUCUGGAUUUGGGCCAAGGGACUAGAGGCAAGUGGCUGUGGUGGGUGCUGCUUGGCUCGCUCCCAGCUCAGCUGUGCGUGCAGCGCCAGGUCACACAGUAAGAGGGUGGGGCUGCAUCUGCAGCAGCCGUGGACAGCGGUGUUUGACCCCAGUCUGCUGUUUUGGUUCCUUAGUCUUGAGCCCACUUGUCAAGACUGGCCGUUCUGUGACCUGCCAGCACCUCUGGCCUCUCCUUUGAACGGGACCCUAGUCCUUCCCAGCCUGGGACAUGACAGCCCGGAGCCAACAGCAGUGGAGCACUCUGCCUGCCCCCAAAUCCACAGUCUGGGAUGGACUAGGCGGGCCCUGGUUACCACAUGGACAGGGACAGGGCAAGCUCCUGUGGCCUUGAUUUUUUUUUAAAACAGACCUUUUGGUCUGCAGGCGUACAAGGAUACACACAGUAGGUACAGUGUCUGCUCUGCUGUCACCAGCCCCAAGGCUCUCGCAGCCCUCAGCACCAGUCCCUGAUGCUGUGCUCAGGCCUCAGCGGGCCCUGCGGAGGGAGGGGUGAGCUCGGAGGGCUGGCCAUGGGGCUGGGGCUGGCCACGGGGCUGGGGCUGGGGGCAUCGUCCCUUCUGGCUGCUUCAUUGUCUCUCCUGCUGUGCACUCCGGGCGAGUGGCCGGCCAGGGUUCCCGAGAGGGGUCGGGGUGUUUACCUGUGCCGUCAGGGCCUCUUCUGUCAGGGAGCGGCUCUGUUGCGUGCCCGUGCGCAUGUGAGCACUUGAGUGUGUUGAUGCGGAGCUUUUCUCAGCAAAUGCUUUAUGCCUUCUGUUCCCUUCCCUGAUUAAUGGAGGGUUUACGAGUACUCGGUGUGACUGGAGCGGAAGGUGAGAUGUCUAGGAUGAUAGAAGUUGUUCAGUCACUGAAUAUAAAAAGCUCCAAGUGCACGGUCUUUCCCAAGCCAACCCCCAGCCUAGACACACUGUUAGGGUGAGAAUCUACCCGCGUGGUACCUGUUAGUCCUGUAACUUGUGUUUAAAGACAGAUGAUGUCACUCACCCCUGGCCCUGCCCGUAACAGCUGUCUCAUUCUAACAGUUCACUUGAAAUGCAGGCCUGGCUGGAGCCCAGCCAAGGUAGGGAGAGCCAGCACCACCCCUCCCUGAACAGGGACCCAGCUCUGAAACCCGGCUGAUUGGCGACAAUGGGCCAGUGCCAGGGGAGAGGUGGUCGCCCCUGCGUGGAGGAGUUCCCGCCGUGCUGCUGGGCAGUUGCUUUGUUCAGCUGUGUCAGGAGGGCCAGACUGUGCCAUAAUUGUUAGUAAAGAGAGAAAACACGCCAACCUUCCCCUCUGCCCUGCGGCCAUUGUUCAUUGAAGGUUUACUGAGUGCAGUCUUUGUGGAAGUCGGGGAGGCUGCCAACGUCCUGCAGAUUCUUUCCCGACAGUCCUGAUGCCUGGUUUUCUGCCGAGUCGAUUCUGGUCUCAGCGCAGACCCUUUGUUCCGGAGGGCGGGCUGCUGAGAAGUGAGGAGGGGACUGGCUGGAGCUGGGGGCUUCCUGUCUCCCGGAGACGACUGAAGAAGUGAUCAUCUUGGUGCUAAGAGGCAGCUGCCCUGUUUCUGUUCAGCCAGAGGCCAACGAAAACAUUACCAAACUGUGUACGGGGGUCCCCUCUGCCGCAGUUGCCGAGUGUGAGCGAGCACACGGGAGCGGCCCGCUUUGCCCUGUGGGUCUGGGCUGGGGAAAUGGUUUCAACGGAAGAAUGGAACUUGCCUUUGGACGACGGCUGUGCCGAGGUGGGCGGAGGGGCUGCCCUCUGGGCGGCUUCCAGGCCUCACAAGGUCCCCUGUGGGGAUGCUGCUAUUUCUAAGAUGCAAAUUGCACAUUUCCUAGAUUUUGUAUCUGUGGAUGUGGAUAAGGGAGGGCAACCGGGACACACUGCCUGUACAAUUUGAAAUGGGUCGAAAUGGUACUUUGAAUGUUUUGACUGUUCCUAAAUAAAAACGUAAAUACA